GAUUAAAAACUAGAACGUCACCACCUCCUCCCGCAAAGGCGGGCCAAGGAGGGCUCCGCCCUCAGAAGACAGCGAUUGGAGGGAGAUUUGUUUUCUCUAUGACUGGUUGGUGAAAAAAGCAUUUCCCCCCCACCCAAAAGUUUGGACAUGUGACCAGUCAACUUUCACCUUGGAGAGUCCGUCAUCGGAUUUCCCCUUAGCAACCAGACAGUCGCGUUAUCCUCCCUUAGCAACCAGGCAAACUUCUUUGAGGCUGAAACGAGAGGGAGGUUAGAGCUCCGGAAGAAAAGAAAAGAAAAGAAAAGAAAAAGAAGGAAAGAAAAACAAAGCCGAAGUCCUUGGAGCAAAUGGCAUAGCCAAGCAAAACAAAUAUCCACAUUGACCAUCCAGAAUAUGAUUGUGCACUUAAUGCAGCCUCUGAAGCUGUGAUGCAACAAACUUUGGAUCAAUUCUCUGCUGCUUGUGCUAAUUGGGACCUAACAAUUAACACCAGGAAAACACAGGAUAACUAAGAUCAAAAGAUGAUUCGAUUAUAUGAUACAAUAGAGCCAAAUGUGAUUGAUGAAGAGUUGCUUAAAUUGGCUGUAGAAGAACAGGGACCUCAAGAAGCAGCAGGACAAGUAGCCAAACAGGAGGGCAUUAAUUUCAAAGAUGUCAAAAGUCUGCAGCUGGAUUUUCAAAACAUCCUCAGGAUUGACAAUCUAUGGCAAUUUGUGAGUCUUAGAAAAUUGCAGCUAGACAAUAACAUCAUUGAGAAGAUAGAUGGAUUAGAAAGUCUUGUUAAUCUGGUGUGGCUUGAUUUAUCUUUCAACAACAUUGAAACAAUUGAGGGUCUAGAUACUUUAGUUAACUUAGAAGAUCUGAGCUUAUUCAGCAACCGAAUUGCCAAGAUGGAUGCUAUGGACUCAUUAGUAAAGCUCCAAGUCUUUUCCAUAGGGAACAACAUGAUUGAUAACCUUCUUAAUGUCAUCUAUCUGAGGAGAUUCACAUAUUUACGUUCACUCAACCUUGCUGGGAAUCCUAUCUGUGAGGAUGAAGAGUAUAAAUUGUUUGUCACUGCCUACCUUCCUGAUCUAGUAUACCUGGACUUCAGACUUAUUGAUGCACACACGAGGGAACUUGGUGAUGCAAAAUAUCAGUAUAGUAUUUAUGAAUUGAAGCAUCGGGAGAAUCAGAUCCAGGCCAAACUUGAAGAGGAGCAGGCAACUAUAGCAGAGCUAGAAAAACAUAAGGCUGCUUAUGUUGAAUACCUGAACGGUCCUUUUCUGUUUGACAGCCUUUAUUCAGAGGAUGUUGAAGCUGCCAAGUUAGCUUACUUACCAGGAGUUCCGGAAUUACUGGAGACAUACAAAACCAAAUUUGUUGAAAUUUGCCAGAAUAUAUUUGAUUAUGGCUUGGUACAGCAAGAAAAGAGAAAAGCAGAAGUUGCCAUCUUCUAUGAAUGUCUUGAAGAAGCCCUUCAAGAAAAUCGAAAGCAAGGGUUGAAAGAAGUCGAAGAUUUUGACAAGACAUAUACAGGGUAUUUACAUACCAUUCGAAAUUCAAAUGACAUACACUAUGUGGAUAAUAAAAUGAGUGAAUGUGCUGAAGAAAUCAGUCGAUUGUUUGAUAGACUCAUGACUUUAGAAAUGCAAUUGGUUGAACAGUUGGAGGAAACGAUAAAUAAUUUUGAAAGGAACAUUAUAGACAUGGUGGGAGUAUUUGUUGAAAAUGUACAAGGCCUGAUGGCCCAGUGCCGUGACCUUGAAAAUCAUCACCAUGAGAAACUUCUGGAGAUCUCAAUAAACACCUUGGAGAAAAUAGUCAAGAGUGAAUUUGAUGAGGACCUGCCAGAUGAUGUCCGAGCACUUUUUUCUGACAAAGAUACAGUUGUUAAUGCAGUUGGAGCAUCACAUGACAUCCAUCUUCUGAAGAUAGACAAUCGAGAAGAUGAUUUAAUAACCAAUGUCACCAGUUGGUGUACAGCUACUGUAGAUAAGGUUCAUAAUGAUGAACUCGAUAGGAAUCGUAAACGAGUAAAAGAAAUCAAUCAAUAUGUUGACCAUUUACAGAGUGACCUGGACAACAUGGAUUUUGGUGACCUUUUAGACUAGGAGCUACAAAAUUCUCCUUCAAGAGGGAAAAAUCUGUGUCCUCUGCUUCCUUUAGAAAAUAAUUUGAAGAAAAAUCUUAGCAUGAAAAUACUCAUGCC